UAUAUUUAUUAUGGUCAGUUCAUUAAUUAUUACUGGAACACGUACAUAGAAGGUGACAACAUUACAUUUGCUUGUAGUAGGGGAUAUUCUCCUGCAAACCAGCAGUCAACAGUCACUUGCACAAAAAUGGGGUGGUCACCUCCUCCAAGAUGUAUCGUAACAGAAGUUGAACGCACCUGUAAGGUUCCUCUAUUCCAUGGGCGUUUUGUACCGGAGCAACAGAGUUUUCAGAUCAAUGAUAAAGCAAGAUAUAUUUGUCAGGAUGGCUAUACAACCUCAAAAGGAGAGACUGAGGUAGAUACACAGUGCCUUACAGAGGGCUGGAGCCCAGAGCCAGAAUGUAUCAGGACAUGCUUAAAGCCACCUGCAGAUAAUUUUAUCUUCAACACAACUAAGCCUGUUUUUUUACCUGGAGAUGUACUUCACUAUGAAUGUAAAGAGGGGUUUGAAAUCACUAAAAAUAGCAUCAGUGACACCGUGGUGUGCACUGAGGAAGGAUGGGAACCUACUCCUCCUAGAUGUGUGGCAUUUGUAUGUCAUGCUCCAUUUUUGGAAAAUGGCGCAAUUGAUCCAAGAGAGAACGUAUUUCAGCAUAAAAUGGUGGUCCGUUUUAACUGUGACACAGGAUUCACAAGAGUUGGCUCUGAAUCUGCACAAUGUUAUCACUUUGGAUGGUCUCCACAGCCUCCAGUCUGUAAAGUACCAAAUCAGGAGAGUGCAUUACCCAGGAUUUCACAUGGCAUGGUUACCGGUGAACGUAAAGCAGUAUAUCAGCAUGGUGAUCUUUUGGAAGUUCAGUGUGAUAUCUCAUUUGCACUUCAUGGAUCAAAAAUCAUAGGGUGUGUGGAUGGUGAAUGGGCGCCCUUACCAUCAUGCAUAGAGGAAGUAAAAACUUGUGGACCACCUCGAAAAAUUACAAAGGGAAUUCCUGCUGAGGCUAAGUCAUCCAUAUACAGGCAUGGUGAAACCGUGGCAUACCAAUGCCAACAACGAUCUGUCAGUAUUGGGACCAACCCAGCGAAGUGUCUUCAUGGACAAUGGGAACUACCAUCAUGUCUUGUUAAUCCAGGAAGUUGUGCACGUCUACAGCUUGCAGACUUUUCACCAGGAAAUUUGUUUAAGACCAACCAGUUUGCAACCUACCGCUGUGGUUCCAAUCUGCAUCAAACAAAAUGUGUCGAUGGAUCAUGGUUUCCUGAGCCACAGUGUAAAGAAACCUGCCCUCCACCACCUCAGCUUCCCAAUGCCAUUAAUAUAGCCGAGAUGAGAAUCUACAGGAGCGAAGAAGAAAUCAGCUUCCAGUGUCAAGAACAUUUCCUUCUUCAAGGCCCACAAAAAAUAAAGUGUGAUGAUGGAAAAUGGCAAACACCUCCACGCUGUCUUGAUAUUGGGGGGAAAUGUGGACGCCCACCUCCUGUGGAGCAUGGAGACAUCAGGGACUCACCCAAGGCAAACUAUUUCCAGUCUGAAAGUGUAACUUAUCAGUGCCAAAAUCUCUAUACAUUGGAAGGUUCUCCCAGAGUGACUUGUCAAAAUGGUCAUUGGUCACAAACACCAACAUGUAGAGGUGCUUGUACAGCAAGUGAAGAAGAUAUGAGAGAACACAAUAUAAAGCUGAAGUGGACCAAUGGGGAUAAAAUAUAUUCUGCAGAUGGAAAUAUCAUUGAAUUUCAAUGUAUAAGACGUCAUAAACUACAUCCAAAUUCUGGAGCAUUA